AUGACUUGUACCUUUGAUUGUAUUAAUUAUACAAGAGAUAAGUCAUUUAGUGCUACAGAUAAGUCAUCUAGUGCUACAGAUAAGUCAUUUAGUGCUACAGAUAAGUCAUCUAGUGCUACAGAUAAGUCAUCUAGUGCUACAGAUAAGUCAUCUAGUGCUACAGAUACGUCAUCUAGUGCUACAGAUACGUCAUCUAGUGCUGCAGAUAAGUCAUCUAGUGCUACAGAUAAGUCAUCUAGUGCUGCAGAUAAGUCAUCUAGUUCUACAGAUACGUCAUCUAGUGCUACAGAUAAGUCAUCUAGUGCUACAGAUACGUCAUCUAGUGCUACAGAUAAGUCAUCUAGUGCUACAGAUACGUCAUCUAGUGCUACAGAUAAGUCAUCUAGUGCUACAGAUACGUCAUCUAGUGCUACAGAUAAGUCAUCUAGUGCUGCAGAUAAGUCAUCUAGUGCUACAGAUACGUCAUCUAGUGCUUCAGAUAAGUCAUCUAGUGCUGCAGAUAAGUCAUCUAGUGCUACAGAUACGUCAUCUAGUGCUACAGAUAAGUCAUCUAGUGCUACAGAUACGUCAUCUAGUGCUGCAGAUACGUCAUCUAGUGCUACAGAUAAGUCAUCUAGUGCUACAGAUACGUCAUCUAGUGCUACAGAUAAGUCAUCUAGUGCUACAGAUACGUCAUCUAGUGCUACAGAUACGUCAUCUAGUGCUACAGAUACGUCAUCUAGUGCUACAGAUAAGUCAUCUAGUGCUACAGAUAAGUCAUCUAGUGCUACAGAUACGUCAUCUAGUGCUACAGAUAAGUCAUCUAGUGCUACAUAUACGUCAUCUAGUGCUACAGAUAAGUCAUCUAGAGCUACAGAUAAGUCAUCUAGUGCUACAGAUAAGUCAUCUAGUGCUACAGAUAAGUCAUCUAGUGCUACAGAUACGUCAUCUAGUGCUACAUAUACGUCAUCUAGUGCUACAGAUACGUCAUCUAGUGCUACAGAUACGUCAUCUAGUGCUACAGAUACGUCAUCUAGUGCUACAGAUACGUCAUCUAGUGCUGCAGAUACGUCAUCUAGUGCUACAGAUACGUCAUCUAGUGUUACAGAUACGUCAUCUAGUGCUACAGAUACGUCAUCUAGUGCUACAGAUACGUCAUCUAGUGCUACAGAUACGUCAUCUAGUGCUACAGAUAAGUCAUCUAGUGCUACAUAUACGUCAUCUAGUGCUGCAGAUAAGUCAUCUAGUGCUACAGAUACGUCAUCUAGUGCUACAGAUAAGUCAUCUAGUGCUACAGAUACGUCAUCUAGUGCUACAGAUAAGUCAUCUAGUGCUACAGAUACGUCAUCUAGUGUUACAGAUAAGUCAUCUAGUGCUACAGAUAAGUCAUCUAGUGCUACAGAUAAGUCAUCUAGUGCUACAGAUACGUCAUCUAGUGCUACAGAUAAGUCAUCUAGAGCUACAGAUAAGUCAUCUAGUGCUACAGAUACGUCAUCUAGUGCUACAGAUAAGUCAUCUAGUGCUACAGAUAAGUCAUCUAGUGCUACAGAUAAGUCAUCUAGUGCUACAAAUUAA